AUGGCUCAAGGAAGUUACAUCUUGAGAAAUGUAUCAGCUCAAAGCACAGAAGAGUGUGUUCCUAACUAUCUGGGGAUUGACUACAGCUAUCAGUCGAACUUGGACUACCUCAAUUGUGUGGACAGUUUCCGAAAAGGUAGCACCAUUAAGCGGCUAAGCCUUAAGAAGAGGCCCAGAGUGGCCGUCAACAAUGUGGAAAAAACACAGAGUGGCAUUUCCUCCAGCCAGUGGCAUUCUGCAGAAUCCUUAUCAUCACCUGGCAGUGAUGAUACAAGAUUACUGGGCAUGUCUUCUACAACUAGAGGUCGCCCUCCUCUUCCUCCACCACAUGGAUCCUCAUUGGAUAACAAACACACCAGAAAUGAAGGACCAGCAACCUCUCCGAUACUUAAUGAGACAAAGCCUCAACCUGCUGCAAGAUCUUUACAAAGACAAAGCCCCGUGGUGGAAAAGACCAUAAUGGAGACCCUUAAACACUUGGAUCAGGAGGUAACGAGCCAGCCUCCACCUCAACCCCAUCCUCGUCGUCGACUGGCCAGCUUCGGAGGGGUAAGCUCUCAUGGGUCACUCUCCCCCUUCACUGGCCUGGGUGCAUAUAAUCAGAACAACAAUGGGAACAGACCUACUGGCACAGGGAGUGACAUACAUCUCAAUCUCACCUCGUCCCUGGGCAGUAGAGGCAGCACAGGAUGCCUUAGGCUGAGCCCACAGAGCUCUGGUAGAACCACCCCAGUUACAGGUCUCGGCCCCACUCACCUGCAGCAGGUCCGUGACCAGAUGGUGGUAGCUCUGCAGAGGCUAAAGGAACUGGAGGAACAGGUGACAAUCAUUCCUAUCCUCCAGGUGAAAAUUUCAGUCCUUCAGGAGGAAAAGAGGCAGCUGAUCUCUCAGCUCAAGAAACAUGGUGACAAUGAGGACAUAAAUGAUGAAAUCUGGAAGAGAGCAUAUUGCAUGGAAAAGUCUGACAUGGAGAACAAAGUGAAUACGGAGGAAAAACUUGAGGGCAUAGUGAAAAGUGACUGCACAAGCCUCAGGGAGUUCAGGCAACUUACUGAAGAGAUGCAGGCACUGGAAAGAACCAUCAAGGGCAGACAAUUGCAAGCAUGGCAUGGAACAGGUCCUCUGCAUGAUAAGGCUAUUAAGUCUGCUGCAGUUGGAACUGAUAAAGAUAUACAUAUUACCUUGUCUAAAUCCACAAAAGAAAACAAAUAUGUGUACACUGACCAAGUAGAGACAAGGUCCAUUGCAACAGAGGUGUCUGAAGUAAAUCUUGGAAUUUACACAGAACGAGAAGCAGAGCUUGAUGCCCAACAACUAAUAAUUGGUGCCUUGAAGGAGAGAAUUUGUCACUUAGAAACAGAGUUAAAAGAAUCAGCUCUCCAGACAGAGAUGAGUCGUCUGAAACUGGAGCUUCAGGCUGCAGGAGCAAGGAACCGAGCUGAUAAAGCCUCAUUUGCGAGGCCUACCACUGUGAGCACAGGCAUCGAUGUGAGGCCUCACACCACAAGCCAGGGGGUGGGUAAUCACACCGAGCUCCGAGAUGCCAGCACAGGGGAGGUGACAGAGGUAAAGACUGUGGGAGUAUCUUGUUGUGGACCUGAGCUGAAGAAUGUUUGCACAGGACCAGAUGUACCCAUGAGUCACUGGGAGGUCAGGGAGCGAGUGGAAACCAUGGAAAAGGGCGUGGGGAUCCAAGUUUCUACCAACACACAAGGAGUUGGGGUGGAGAUAAAGUUAUGUGAUGCAGAAACCAACACAGAGGUACUGGUGGAGAGUCUGGAGUCUAAGAAAGGACAGAUGAAGUAUAAAUCAGUGGGUUGUGGGGACUGUUCUGUUGAUGUGAUCAUCUGUGAAGCAAAGGAAGUGGUCUCACAAGGUAUUGCCACAGAUCAAGUCAGAGGAGUGGAUCUGGGAGUCAUGGCAUCACCGCAGACAGCUUCUCAGCGUACCAACACUGUAAACAGUUCAGUAUCUCGCUUUACCAAUACCAGACAUGCCUUCAACACAGACUCAAGCACUAACACUAUUUUAAGUACCCAAGACAAGCACACAAACACAAUUCAGACUGUUACUAGGACAGUGUCUGUUGGCAACAGGGUCAAAGACAUCAAAUGCACCCCAGAGACCUGCACGAUUGGUGUAGGAACUGCAGAUCUGUCAGGAAGUGCCUUAAAACAAACACCAGUGACAGUCCCUAAGGUUACACGAGAUGCUGGUGUUGGAUUCACAAACAUAAAUGAGAAUUUUCUGGUUGGACUAAAAACCCGAAAUAUGGCCUCGGGACCCUCCCAUCUACCUGACCCCAUCAAGACGAGGAGCAUCGGGGUAGGGGAGGGGAGGAUACGGGAUUUGUCAGUUUCAUCCAGUAAACCUGGCCAGAUGAUCCAGCAAUCUGUGCAGUCCCAGUGGGACCCCGGGCUGAACCAUUACAUAGAGAAGAUGCACUGGCUCCUCAGGGAGCAUGGGGACCUGCUCACAGAGGACAAUACUCAAGGGAAGGAAGGGUUUGUCCACCAGCACAACAGCCAAGGAAGUGCCAGCUCCAAGCUGUCCUGCAAUAACAAAUUUGCAGCACAAGGAGGAACAGAAGUCCAUCCUUUCGAUUCUCAGUCCCCAGUAAGCAGAGAAUUUCAGUCCCCAUCUCAACCAUUAGUCGACUCUUCUGAGUGUGACAAAUCAAUCCCAGAAAUCUGCCACCAGGGCGGCCAUGAUUCAGAGGUGAAAAGAAUGAUACAGAUGUUGGAGCAACAGGCAUCCUCAGCUCUACAAGACAGGUCAACUAAAGCCGGCGUGCUUCGGUCUGUAAUGAAGAAACAAAAUGGUGACCAAGGUUGUAGCAGCAACAGGAAGAGCAUGAAGUUUAUGAGGGUGACCACGGGAUUAGACCCCAUGUCAUCUUACGAGCUCUCUGCCAAUGAGAAGGCCAAUUCUGAGGAAGUGGAAAAGAGAGGUAACAAAAAAUCAAGGGAUGCCUCUCAAGAUGGAUUGCAAGGAAGAAAGGGCAAAGGUUGUUCCAACAAGGGAUCAAAAGGAGCUGCAAAACCACAUACACAGAGGUAUAAGUUAAGUGAAAAGAUGUUUUCUGCUUGUCAAGCCUUAAAGAUGCACCUGAGUGAUGACACAGCUUUAUCCAGCAGGGAAUUGCAUGACUGUCUACAAACACUCCAGCAAGAGUGGUUUUCUGUGUCCAGCCAUAAGUCAGCCACUGCAGACACUAUGAGGGACUACUUGUCUACAGUUAGGGUCAUUUCACCGUUGGUAUUGCAGCAUGUAGUGAAUAUGGCUGACGGCAAUGGAAACACAGCUCUGCACUACAGCGUGUCCCACUCUAACUUUGGCAUUGUCAAGAAAUUGCUUGAUGCAGAGGUGUGCAACGUCAAUCAACAGAACAAAGCAGGUUAUACACCCAUCAUGCUGGCUGCACUCGCCGCUGUGGAGAGUCCAGAGGACAUGAGGGUCGUGGAGCAGCUCUUUACAAAAGGAGAUGUCAAUGCCAAGGCCAGCCAGGCGGGUCAGACGGCUCUGAUGUUGGCUGUUAGCCACGGCAGGAUGGACAUGGUGCAGGCACUCCUGGCACAGGGGGCCGAGGUCAAUCUCCAGGAUGAUGAGGGCUCCACAGCGCUGAUGUGUGCGAGCGAGCACGGCCAUGCCGACAUUGUGAGACUACUGCUGGCACAGCCAGACUGUGAUGCCACCCUGACUGAUAGUGAUGAAAGCACAGCCCUGUCCAUUGCACUGGAGGCAGGACACAAUGACAUUGCAGUGCUCCUUUAUGCACAUGCCACCUUCUCCAAAGGACAGACAGGAGCAGCUGCUCGUCACAGCGGCAAGUCUCUCUCUUCUCCUGGUGGCAGAAAUAUCCCUGAAUGAGGUGAUGCCCCAAAGCCUGAAAAGUCACUUCUUGAAUCUUAAUUAUGAGAUGAUUCAGUAUUGAUUGACUGAUUCAAUAACGAAAGAGAUAAUUUCAAUAGAGUGAGUUUUAAACUUAAAGUUUGAUACCAAGUUAGUCAAACUGAUUCUUCUCCAUUUCACAUAAUGCUUGUUACUCACCACUGAUCUGUAUUACAGUGUAGUAUUUGCACAGCACAACAUUGCAUAGUGAGUAUUACUGUAUAUUGUAACUCAGCAGGUGACAUAUGCAUGGUAAAGUACAUUUCUAUUUUAUGUUCAUAAGGGUUAAUUGUUAUUAACAUAUACAAUAUACACCCAACGUCUAUAAUAUACCAUCACCAUGUUUUUUGUAAAUAUUUAUAACUUUAAAAAAAGAUAAGACAGUAUAGUAUACAGUAGCAUCUAACCCGUAAAGAUGUAUGAGUAAAUAUGUAAAUUAAUUUAAAAAUUAGAUAAUAAA